AUGGGUAUUUCUCGUGACAGCAGACACAAGCGCUCCGCCUCUGGCGCCAAGCGUGCAUAUUACCGGAAGAAGCGCGCUUUCGAAGCCGGCCGACAAGAAUCCAACACCCGUAUCGGAGCCAAGAGAAUCCACCUCGUCCGUACCCGUGGUGGCAACCGAAAGUUCCGUGCUCUCCGUCUCGAAUCCGGCAACUUCUCGUGGGCUUCUGAGGGCAUUGCCCGCAAAGUCCGUGUGAUUGUCGUCGCUUUCCAUCCUUCCAACAACGAACUCGUCCGAACAAACACCCUCACCAAGUCUGCCGUCGUCCACGUCGAUGCUGCCCCUUUCCGACAAUGGUAUGAGGCCCACUACGGAACCAACCUCGGCCGAAGACGCCAACAGAAGGCUGCCGCCGACGAGCCUGAGAAGAAGAGCAAGGGGGUACAGAAGAAGCAGGCUGAUCGAUUGGCUGCGAAGGGAAAGGUUGAGGCAGCUUUGGAGAAGCAGUUCGAGGCCGGUCGUCUUUUGGCUGUCGUUUCGUCUAGACCUGGACAAAGUGGCCGUGUCGAUGGAUACAUCCUGGAGGGCGAGGAGUUGGCUUUCUACCAAAGACAAUUGCGCAAGUAG